AUGGGAUGGGUCGACCUCGUCCCGCGAGCGGGCAAACUCCACAUCGGCGGUCUUUACGCUUUGUACCAAGGCGACCUGAUAGACAAAGCAGGCAUAACUCACGUCCUCUCAGUAAUAGACUACGACCCAUUACUCCAAGAGAAAUUUCAACAUCUGAAACAUUUCCACAUCCGCUCAGAAGAUCACCCUAAUACAAACCUCCUGCAAUACUUCCCGGAUGCCGUUGCAUACAUCGACUCGGCACUCAACAAGGAAGACGGAGGCGUUUUCGUCCACUGCGCAAUGGGAAAAUCACGGUCUGCGGCGAUGGUUUGCGCGUACCUCAUGUGGAAGUACAAAUUGACUCCCGAGGCGGCGUUGGAGCAGUUAUGUGAGGGGCGGCCGAUUUGCGAUCCAAACCCCGGAUUCAAAGAACAGUUGGGGGUUUGGAGCAGCAUGUGCGGGGCUAGUAAUGAAGAGGAGAGGAGGAAGAUAUAUGAAAAGUGGGAAAAGAGUAGGUUCACUGGGGAGGUGUGGGAGUGGGAGGCUCGGCUAAACGACAGGGAGAGGGAGAAGAAGGAGCAAGAUUUAGGAAGACAUUCAAGAGCCGUACCAAAACUAUGA